GGGUGUAAUGGGCGGGACUAGAGAAUAUCACUAACGAGGAGCGUCUCCCCCCCCAGACCGGAGACAGCAGGAGGGGGCGGGGGGAGUCCCGGGGACAUGGCGGAGAAAGCAGACACCGAGGUGGAGGAGGCCGGACAGGUCUUCUUGUUGAUGAAGAAGGAUUACCGCAUCUCUCGCAACGUCCGCCUGGCGUGGUUCCUCAGCAACCUUCACCAGUCCAUUUCUCCAGUCCCUGAAUCGGAGUUGGGUUUACAUGGCAGUGAAAUAGAGGUGGUGAGCGUCUUACCUCACGGCUGGCAGCCCGAUGAUCCUGUCCUCCCCAGCCCGCUCCACUUAGUGCCAUCAACCUUGGUCACCUUCCUGGCGCGGCAGUACCGCUUCGUGAUAGAGCUCGACCUCAGUCCUUCUACGGUGAUUGUGGACGACUCCACGGAGGAGAUACUUUUCGAUGAGAUCUUUCACUCUCUGUCCCGCUGUCUCCUCGGGCUGCUCCAGCCGUUCCGUAUCCCAGGCUCCGGCCUGGUGUUCCGGCCGGAGAUCUUCGUCACCAUUCAGGCCUAUUCCUCCAUCAUCGGACUGCAGAGUCACCAGGUGCUGGUUCAGGGCUGCCGCCUGGACGAGCAGAAGCUGCCGGCGUUUCUCCAGCACGUCUGCCUGCAGCUGGGAGCCUUCGAGAACAAGAUCGCAGAGAUGCUGCAGCAGCAGUACCGUCCCUUCACUCAGGAUUGCCUAUCUCUUUACGGAAACCAGCAGCCGGGCAGAAAGAUGGGCGUGUCCAUGGUCACGGCUGACAUCGGAUUGGUCAGUAUGAUACGGCAGGGGAUCCUCGCCUUACAGCUGCUGCCAGCCAAUUCCAGUGCAGGAAUAAUCGUGAUCACGGACGGAGUCACCAGCGUCCCAGAUGUCGCCGUGUGCGAGACAUUGCUGAAUCAGCUGCGCAGCGGGACCAUUGCCUGCUCCUUCGUCCAGGUUGGCGGUGUAUACUCCUACGACUGCAGCUUCGGCUACAUCCCUAACGUGGAGCUGAUGAAGUUCAUAGCCAUGGCCACCUUGGGGUCCUACCUCUCUUCUUGUCCCGAAGUAGAAUCCGGACAGAUGGACAUGAACGUUUAUCACAAGGCGUUCUUGCUCUAUUCCUUCCUGCGCACGGGGGAGGCGCUGAAUCCGGAGUAUUACUGUGGCUCUCAGCACAAGCUCUUCAACGAGCACCUGGUGUCCGCCAGCAGUAACCCUGCCCUCGCCACGCGCAGGAGGAAACAUGCCGAAAAAGAGGUGCACGCCGACAUUAUUAGCGUGGUGUCCGUGCGGCUCAGGGAAGGCUACAGCAUUCGGGAGAUCCGCAUUACAAAAGGAUUGCUGGAGGUGAAGCUGGUUCUGCUGUGGAAACAUAACAUGCGUGUUGAGUACCUUGCAGCAGCCCCUUGGCCCCUGGACCACACUAAGCGGAGCACCAGGGUGGAAGUGGUAAUGGAAGGAAGCUAUGACAUCCUGCACGACAUCAGCUGCACAUUGAAAAAGCCCAUCACUAGCAUGUAUAGGACCAGCGUGAUACGUCGCUUCUGGAACACCCUGCAGAGCAUCAGUCAGACUGAUCAGAUGUUGGUUCACUUGAAGUCAUUUGACAGUGUGCCAGAACAUUUCAAAAUCCCAGAGAGCACUAAAAAUGGGGUUCCCCUCUUCUACAUCCCUCCAGGCUCCACGACCCCAGUGUUGUCCCUGCAGCACAGCGACCCCGACUCCAGCCAUUCACAGUUUGUAUCUUACUGGAAACCCGUCCUCUCAAUGGACGCCAACGUCUGGCAACGCUGGCUACAUGUGCACCGCAUCGUCUUACUGCUGGAGCAUGACAUGCCGGUCCCCAAGCAUCUCCACACUCCUGGGAACAAUGGGCGCUAUAGCACGGUGCUGUGCCGUAUCUCUCACACCGCGCUCACCUCCCUCCUCCGAGACUGGAGCAGCUUUGUGCUGGUGGAGAGCUAUUCCUACGUGAAGCUGAUGCUCAGCGAUCUGACUCAGACCCCCUCCACUUUCUGUGUGGUGCGGAUUAUAUGGAAGGCCCCCUGCAUGGUCCUCCGGCUGGGAUUUCCCCUGGGAACGCCUGCAAAUUGCAGAAUCAAGAUCAUGGAGGAGCUGAGAGACCGGAUCCUUCAGCUGCGUUUCCCCCACAGGGUGCAGAGCAAAGAAUCCACACCCCGGGUCAAGAGGAAGAUGUUUGGGAUCAGCUCCCCCUCCAAAUCCCCUCCACCCCAGGUGUCGCCCCCUGCCUUCUCUGACCGCUGCUGCCUGGUCCUGCUGCACAAACCCCUGGAGAAGCUGCUCAUCAAGUACGACAAGCUUCCCCUGGAUUACCGGACUCCAUUUAUCCUGAACUUGGAGAGCCUGGCACAGCACACGUCUGUUCCCGGGCCUCUUAUCACCAACCGCUCGGCCUCGUCCAAUUUGGCCUCCUUAUCCCGCUACUUCUAUCAUCAGAGGUGGAUCUGGUCCGUGCAGUCAGGCCUGGCAUCUGCUGUACCCACCACUGCCCUGGCACAGAUCCUGUCCACUCUCACCGAGAUCCGACUCUCUGAAGGCUUCCAUUUUGCGUCCAGUGGAGAAGGCAUCAUUAACAUGGUGCUGGAGGUCCCCAUUCAGAACGAUGCUAUAGGGGAGGACAGCAUAGAGAAGCACAGCUGCAUCAUCCAGUACAUCCUCUUCCCACCGCACGUGACCUCCACCAAGGACAGCUUCUCUACGGAUGAAGACAAUGACACGGAGGUGGAGGCCAUAGAGCAGGACACGGAGCUGCAUCUGGUGUCUGAAUGCUGGGUGGAACCUCAGAGCGGCUCUGUCAUGGGGACCUCGGAGAGCUGGAAACACCUCCAGGGGCUCAUGUAUUCCGAGAUCCCUCAGGCGCUGUUUCCCAGAGACCAGAGCUGUAUAAACAUCAUGCUGACAUUCGAGUACGUUGUGCAGCUCUGCCAGAACAAAGAUGGCGGCUCCCCCAUCCUGACAAAAACCGACCAGACAGACCCCCCGGAGAGCGGCGGCGGAGCGUGCAUUAGAGAGGUCCCGUUUCACUUCGAUCUGAUAAAACUGCUGCCCAGAUGCCAACAGAUUGAAAUGUUCUUCUUAUCACUGAGCAGAGCUGAAUCAGAAGGCUCGUCAAUGGAGGCCUCUCUGCCGAAUGAUAUGCUGCUCAGUUUAUUUCACAGCUGCCUUCAGGGUGACCUCAGUGACCAGGAAAUCCCACUUGAUGAUCAAGACCACCUGACGUUUAUGGAGCAGGUCCUGCAACGUGACCGUGACGGACAUCCUGCUCCCUUUACUUACCCAAGAGAGGAAUCUUCGAGAAGCACAAUCCCCCCGGAGGCUGCCGAUUCUUCUCAUUCAUCAAAUAAUAGUCACCAGGAGCCUAUGAAUUCAGCAGCCAGCACAUUGCAGAGUCCAUGUCCCACCGAGGAGACGGAGGACUGCCGAGCGGUGUCACAGUCUGAGGAGCUGCCUCGAUGGCGCUGUUACGCCCGACUGGUCAAUGCCCAGCACGUGCUCCUCACCUUCCUGCCCGCAGCCUUCACAGAUGUCCAGAAGCUGAUGACCCCCACAGACACCUCGGGGUCCGCAGAGGGGAAUGGUCACACAGAAGGUCUGUCCAAUGCUAGUAUCCCCACACUGAGCAUCACUCCUGCCGGGGACAACGGACAAGAGACAGAACACAAGAGGGAUCUGCACAUCUCCUUCAGCCGCCAGUCCUCCCUGCAGGACAUGCUCUCCGGCCGCCGGCUCCGCUGCCCUGUCUAUGUCUACAACUGUCCACUGGAGGCGCUGCGGGAGCAGUUAGUCAGCUCCCGGCAGCCGAGGACGUCCUGCGACGUGUUCUUCAGCGAGUUUGUACAGGAGUCUGUGUCGCGGGAAAUCUUUCAAGAAUUGAACAGCAGGUCUCAGUCCCAGGAGCGGCCAUCGACAAAUCCCUUUAUCCACCACCGGCAGAAGGAACUGGUGACGUACUGCAAUCUUCUACAGGAGCACUACCACCAGUGCUACGUGAAAGGCUUGUUCAAGGCCCUGCAGCAGUCCCUCUGCGUGCCCCACCAGGACCUCCUGACAGCGGUGGAUUAUUGUGAGGAGCAGCUGCAAGAGAUCGAUAUCACCAACUUCCUCUCAACCCUGUGCGGACACCUGCGCGGCUUCCGAGAGACCCAGACAGACCCUGCGCCCUCUCGGAAUGGGCGACUUCGGAAGGCCAGCUUCCGUAUAGGCAGCCUGGAGCAGGAAGAUGAGCUGAGUGUGCGCGACAACGGGGUGCUGCACUCCGAAUCCAGCAUGGAAGCAGAAGAAUAUGUGGAACAAGAAGUUAUUGAGGUGCCAACCCCAGAACCGAGCAGCCGACUGUGUUCUGAAUUUCAUCUUUCUCACCUGGAGACAGGCCUGCCCUGUGAGGUGUCUCCAGACCUGCACAGAAUCAUUCAGGAUAAAUUUCUCGCAAUCGGAAGUCUUCACUUCAAGACGGUCCCAUCAAACCCGCAUUACUUCUUCUAUUGUCCGUCCUCCCAGAGAAAAGAGGAGGACACGACCCAGGACACUGGAGACCGGAAGCCCAGCGAGGAUAUGGAAGCGUCCGAGGCCGAACAGGCCACAGAGGAGGGUAACACAUCGACUGGGGGCAUUGCUACCGAGAGCGACCCCGACCUGGAGGUGGAGUAUCGGGAGCACUCGGACAAUGCAGGAUCCAUGUCUGAGUCCGAGACGGUAAAUCAGGAUGACGAUUCCUUCAGUGUCCUGGGGGGAGACUCGCUGAACGGUCAGGAGGUGCCCGAGCUGGAGAUGCCGCCUCUGUUUGUGAACCUUAUCUGCUCGGUCACGCACAAGAACCAGCACGGCUCCAUGCCCGUCCUCACGCUGCCCACCUGCCUCGGUGAGGUGAUCGGCUGCCUUGAGAACAGUGAAAACCUGCAGAGCAUCUCGCUGGCUGAUCUGAGUGUUAUGCUCGAUAUUUUUGUCCUCACUCUUCCCCUGGAAAUUGAGGGGGUGAACGAAGACUCCCAGCAUACCCGGUACACCUCCGAGAGCAGCGUCUCCUUCCCUCGUUCCCCCGCACAGCCAUCCUCAUACCGAUCCGAUGAGGAGAUACCACCGACACUAGAGAGAUACCUGUCCAAUGUGGACCAGAGGUUCUCCGCACUCUCCAGACUCCCGGCAGAGCACAGGCAGGCCAUCGAGUUUACAAUGAGUGAGAUCCGCUGGCUUCUAGAGGAUGAGCUGGUGUCCGCCUUGCGCCACUCCCGUGUCAUCAGCCGCUCCAUCCUGCGAAAGGUGCUCUCUCAUGUCUGCGAAUCGGACGGACGGCCGCAUUGUCUCAGGGAACUGGUGCAGCUGCAGUUUGUGUUCGGGCCAGAGCAUUCUCUGCAGAAAUUCAAAGAGGAAUUCUGCCGCCUCUCGCUGCCAGGCUACCAGCUGAAUGAGGAAGAAGAGGAUUAUUAUUACAUCUCCUUGAGCAGGCUUCACGCCCACAGGGUGCAACAUGACCGUUCACAACAUCUCCAGGCAGGGGCCCCCUGGCAGGAGCCCGAUAUCAGCACAGCCCCGGGGGGCCUGGAGGACGGCACUGAUCCCAAAGUGACACCAAAGAAUGGCCGUCCUAUGGACAAGGUAGAAGAUGAUCCCGGUGACUGGGCUCACGCAGCGCUGGAAGUGUCCGACAGUGAGGUGUCCUCCAUCAUGUCAGGAAUGUCUGUCCUCGACCAGGGGGGUAAAAGUGCAAAUGAGGUUGACAGAUCCCAUUUACCCCCUAAAACCUCGUCUGUGGUCAGUCUCCCCGAGUCCGUGCAGUCCAGCACUGUUAAUAGUGCAGGAGGGUCUCGGCAGCGUCCCAGUCGUGUCCAGAGUCUGGUUUCCAGUCAUGGCAGUAUGGAUUCCGAUCAUUUAGGAUACGACGCCGGCAGCAGUGACUCGGAGUGCGAAGACGCUCUCAUUAGCGAGCAGGACUCGCGCUGCCCGGUCAUGCCAAAGUUUUGGCUGAUUGUGAAGAUCCACCAGGACCGAGUGGAGGUCUGCACCCACGCCAGCGCGGUGUCUGCUCAAGAAGCGGAGGAGCUGGGGGAGAGUCAGCGGCUGCACCAGCUGCUGGUGAGGAAGGUGGGCGAGAUCUGCCGGGUGGUCAACCAGCGUCUCCUGCUGCAGGACCUGCACGACACCCACCUUUGCAACACCCUGCUGGUGGCAGAGAGCGAGGAGGACAUCUGGAAGAGCGAGAGUCCCUACACCUCUUACCGGCCGAGGAUGCUUACUAAUGAAGAUUUUCCCGGAGAGGAGAGUUACCAGCCCCGCGAUUACCUUGCCGCCACCAUGCAGUUCAUUCCGGGACACUUCGCCUGUGACAUGGUGUGGAGCACAGUCAUUCACAUCCACCCCCGCCUCAAGAUGGGACCCAACAUGGGGGUGUCCAGAGCCAUCCAGUCCCUGCGCUCUGUGCUCAACGCCUUUUCUGUCGUAAACCGUAAGAACAUGUUCGUGUAUCAGGAACGCGCCACCAAAUCCGUCUUCUACCUCAGGCUCUCGGAGACAUCUGGCAAUAGCCGGCUAUGGGACCUGGACUUAUCGCAGUCUAUGAUGUUGCGCUCUUUGGCGCUGUCCCGUAGUCAAGAACCGAUUUUCACGGAGGAUAUGACGGGCAGCCGCUUAUCGCUGGACUUGCCUUCCUCUCGGAGUGCAGCCUCUACGAGGCCUGUGGGUCAGAUGGACAAGCACAUUCUUCUGCUCGUCCAUGGCGUCGGGGAGGCAGGUUCUGAGAUCACAGAUGACUUGGUCAAGGUUCUCCGGAAGCGCCUGGAUGAGGCCACGCUGGACAUCAUUACCGUCAUGCUGCAGAGGAAUUGUAAGCUGACGCCGGCGGAUGUGGAGUUUAUCCAACCGAGAGGAAACCCACCGACAGACGUCCUGCAGUUCACCAUCCCCCAGGCCUCGCUGCCCUGUCUUCACGCCAUGGCCUACUACCUGCGCCAGAACCUGCUCAUUUUCCUCCACACUCCAAAAUACACCGAUAGUAACGGGGAGCAUCAUUUUCAGCAUUAUUACCACGGCUCUCUCCCGGAGCUGGACCUCUUCCUGUAUAAUAAGCCCGGCGGACAGGGCACCGGAGGGAAAGGUAUCGCCUGCAUUGCGCUGUCGUUUGUGGAUCAGCACGGUGCUCUGGUGACGCAGGCAUAUGGCGAGCGCGCAGGACCUCCCCUGGUCUGCCCCUCUACCACAUCUCAUCUGCUCAGCGUCAGCACCUUUGAGUCUUUGACCAAAGUCAACCGAUACAAACCAGAUCCCAGCGCUGCCGGCUCAGCGCCUCUCACUUUGGUGCGAUUUGACGUCUGGGAGAAGGGAAACAUCAGCUCUUCCCAGCUGUCUGAGCGCCUCUCCAAUUCCUUGCGGCAUGCUCUGUGUGACGUCAUCAUCGAGUUUCACAUCCUGCAGAUGCCGCUCUGUGUGGAUCCUGGAAUCCCAGGACAUCUGGAAGCAACAGCCAAUGGGAAGGGCCCCUCUCAGUCUCUUCCAGAUAUAAAGGGUUUGGCUCAGACAUCGAGCAAGCCUUCCCCUUUAAGCAUUCCACCGUCAGUUCCGCCCCCCAGCACAGACCCGGGUACUCCUCCGAGCAAAGGUGGCCGCAGGAGCUUCUGGGAUAUACUGAGUAAACCUGACAGUGCGGAGCUGGGCCCCCCGAAAACCACUGACGACAUAGUCUGUGAACGGACAGAAGAGCCGCGAACCAGGCGACGACACAAGACGGAGAGCCUAAAGGUUCCCAGUUAUCCAGACCGGCCCGGGAUCAGCCUGGAGCACGCUCAGAGGAAGCGCCAGGCACAGCUGGACGAGGGCGAUGUGGGCACCCUGCACCCGCUGUACAGCCACACCUGCCUGCAGUGGAUGAUCUUCAUGAGUCAGCUGGGGUGUCCGUCCAUCCAGCUCUCCUCCGCUCAGACUGGUUCUCGGUUCCUUCUUUUAUCCGUUCUGACUGAACUUUUUAACAUCAUCACAUCUCUGGCCAGCGACACCAGCGUCCGAGUGUUUGAGAAAAUCGAUCGCCCGGAAGGAGCAGCGUUUGUGCCUUUCUUUAUCACCCAGCCUAGCACAUCCCGACCCGCAGUCGCUCGUGAGCUCAUCCUUCUGGGGCGUAAUUUUCGCCAGUGGAGAUAUAACACCGAGCAAGCUUAUACGAGUGAGGAGGAUGAGGAUUGGGAUGAGGAUAGAAAUGAUGAUGAGGGCUGCAAGUUGAAAAUGUCUCAGAAAGGGUUCCAGCGUUUUGAGGCCAUGGAACAGGACUCCGCCGAGAGACCCCUGGACCUGACUUCCUCGCCGCGUGGAUUGGUUCCUCGACAAAGGUUCCUGAUCAUUGACAUCCAAGACAAGAAGCUGACCCUGUACACGUACAACUGGUCUCCAGACCUGGGCGCAUCGCUGAGCCGCUCCCUGGUGCGCCUCAUCCAGUGGCAGAACGCCCGGGCUCACGUGGUGCAUUGUCUUCUGAGCCAGAAGUUGGGGCUCUUCCAUCACUACUGUUUUGCGGACACCCCCUUGCACGAGGAGGGCAAGCAGGACCCCAACCCCUUCCUAAAUUCCACCCUGGAGGUUGACGCCCUCAUUAAAAGCCCCACACCUCCGCCGUACAAGGAGCAGACGCGGAUGGGAACCACGGGCCGCAGCCUCCCAUCCCUGCACUAUCCCCCAGACAUUAUGCCUUUCGAUGAGGUUCUCAGGGACGUCAUACCCGUGAAACCCAUUCAACUCUCCCCGGAGGUCGACACCAUCUCCCGCCACGGGGCGCAGUUUCUGGAAAUUAAAAGUACUGAAAGACGAGAGGUGGAGAAACAACUGAAGAUCGAAAACCUGUUUGUGACUUGGCAGCAGAGAUCGGCACAGUCUAACAUGCCGAUCAGCGCCGCAGACCUGGACACCCUGAAGCAGUCGGCCCGCCUGGUCCAUUACUGCGCCACCCCUCUACUGUUUGAUCCGUCCUUUCAAGCACAAGUCCAGAGUGACCAAGACAGGAGUGAAGGCAAGAAGAGACAUCGGUCCAAUGACUCGGGCACGUCCGUCAGGGAUCGCAGCCACAGCUGUGAUUCAGCGGACAUGCCUCCCAGCAAAGCUAAAGAAGAGCCCUGGCUGCAGGAGCUGUGCACGGCCUUCAUGCAGCAAUACAUUCAGUACCUGCAGAGCACCGGCUUUAUACUUGUGCAGCUGCGCCCUGCCUCCCCCGCUCGCAGCACGGCGCGGAUUAGAGCUGUGGCCUCCCUGGCUCCAGAGAACAGAGCUUCCAAACCCAAAAAUGAGGGUAGUCCUAAGCAGAGUACAAGCUGCACAGUGACCACCUACCACCUGCAGAGGGCGCUGCCUGGAGGGAUCGUGCUGAUGGAGCUCUCUUUUCAGGGAUGUUACUUCUGUGUGAAGCAGUACGCGCUGGAGUGUUCCCGAAUACCGAUGGGCCAGUCCGUCAACUCCCAGGGCACGCUCUCCAUCCGAACCCAUUGCAGGAGUACUGCCGAGAGCGCCUCCGAGUCCGCGCUGUCCAUGCUCUUCACGGAGGAGUGUGACAAGGUGCGGGACCUGAUGCACGUCCACUCCUUCAGCUAUGACUUCCACCUGCGGGUCGUCCACCAGUAUCUUCUGGGAUCCAACAUGUCCCUGCGGCAGGGCUACGAUCUGGCCAGCUUCCUGCAGCUCUUCAUCUCUCAGCACCCCGACAUCCCCAAGUACGGCCGCAACCAUGUGUACCAGGGGGUGCUGUCCGUGCCCACUGAGAUCAUCGCCGCCCACCAGCUGUACAACUACAUCGCCGACCACGCCAGCACCUACCACAUGAAGCCUCUGAGGAUGGUGCGUCCUUCUGUCCUCGGCAGCAACGGCAAGAAGACCGGCGGCAGCGGCGGUGAGCAGAACGAGUACGGCCUGGUGUCCAUCUGGAACAGCUCCGGUUUGUACAAGGACUCGGAAGGCACCCAACACCACGAUGACUUUGACGUGUCGUUACUGGUCUGCCACAGCGCUGCGCCAUUUGAGGAGCAAACAGAACAGGAGAGGCACGUCCUGAGACUCCGAUUCUACAUCAUCAUGACGAGUCAGCGCGAGUUGUUCCCCCGUCUCACCGCUGACAUGAGACGCUUCAAAAAACCUCCAAGGCUCCAGAGAGACGCGCAGGACCUGGACGGGGCCCCUGAGCUCGCAAAGUGCCAAAGGCCGGAAAUCGAGAGCCAGGAGGACGUCCAGGAGGGAGAUCGGAGCAGGACCAGCUCCGGAAGUCUCUAUAAUUCUCAUCUAUUCCCGCUGCUGGGCACGGAGGUGAGCGCCGCCAAGAGGCAGCUGGUAGAGAUGGUGCAGCUCGCUAAGUGCCACUGCCGCAGGGACAACUUAUGGAAGCGCCUGUACCUGAUGGAGCCGCUCUCCUCCGACAAGCUGCGGCUCGGCAAGCUCAGCUCUAGUGAACUCAAGGAACUGCUGGACGCCGUGCACGGGAGGAGCGUGGCAGAGAUCGACCCCCAGCUGGAAUUCCUCCUCUCCAUGAAUGUUCCGUGGUACCAGAGUCUCAUCAAGGUUCUCCUGAGCCGCUUCCCACAGAGCUGCCGACACUUCUUCAGCACGGACAGUGGCACCCAGUACCUGGUCGUCCUCAACCAGAAGUUCACAGAUUGCUUUGUGCUGGUUUUUCUAGACUCCCAUUCUGGUAAAACGAGUCUGAAGGUCGUCUUCCGAGAACCGUUUCCAGAGCAGCCGCAGAACAGUGAGGGUCCGUUACCGCAGCUCGUCUCCACGUACCACCACCUGGAGUCUGUGAUUAAUACCGCCUGCUUCAACCUGUGGAGCGGCCUGCUCUGACAGCGCCGCCAUGACAUGGGCCCCGGGGGAGGG